ACGGAGCUGUCACAUAAACAUUUCCCUUCACACAGCUGUUUGAUUAUUAACAGCGGUUAUGCUUAUUUUUCAACUGAUUGACACAUUACGAAUAGACUGUAUAUCUGCCUAAAUGAGCGUUUUGUGGGAGGAACACGCGGAUUGUAGGAGAGCAGCGUGAUAGAGUGGAUGGGAUGCAUUGCAUGGGCUGUGACCUGCUCCUCUUCAUGCAUAUAGAUCCUCCUACUAACCAGGAGCAGCAAGUUGUUCAUAAUAAGUGUUUUUGAGUGGUGGCUGUGUUCAAGAUGUAUUCGCCACAGAGGAAGGACUUUGUCUCUCUGAUGCUGGGAGACCAACACAGCCACAGCUACACCAACGGCAAGCACCGGAGACAGUCCUGCUGGAGGAAAUGGAAGCAGCUGUCUCGGCUUCAGCGCAGUCUGAUUCUUUUCCUGCUGGCCUUCCUGUUCAUCUGUGGGAUUCUUUCUUAUCCCAGCCUUACGGAGCAGUGGAGAGGUCUCUCUGACAGAUCAUUGAAGGAGGUCUGGGUUGAAAUGGAUAACGGAGGUCUCAGGCCCAUUCCUCCUGGCCUCAUCCAAAAGAUCCCACCAGGAGUUGUCCCGGGGGUCCAGGACAUCCCACCAGAAGUGAUGCCAGAGAUUCAAAGACCAAGCAUUCCAUUACUUCCCAAACCUCCAGCUAUGAGGAAGCCCCCUAGCAAGCGUGGUCCUCCAGUCCUACAGAAGCGAGGGAACGUGUCAGACUGGCAGGUGAAAGAUGGAGAAGAAGCCAUGGUCAAGAGAGAUGAAGACGGAGGGAAAGAAGCAAAAACAGUCAUUAGCUGGCGUGGGGCGAUGAUCGAGGCGGAGCAGGGGACGGAGCUUCAGUCCACCGCCCAUGGUAAAGAAGGAACCGUGGCUGAUGUCGAGAAAGCUGCCAGCUUAACACCAGUCACAGUGAAGGCUGUGGAUCGUGUGGAGGCGGUGAGGGAGGCCUUCAGGCACGCAUGGAAGGGCUAUAAGGCCUUUGCGUGGGGUCAUGAUGAACUGAAGCCCAUGUCUAAAACCCAUGGAGAGUGGUUCGGCCUGGGCCUAACUCUCAUUGACGCACUGGACACCAUGUGGAUCCUGGGACUGAGAGACGAGUUUGAAGAGGCCAGGAAGUGGGUUGAGACAGAAUUAGCCUUUUCCAAGAAUGUGGAUGUGAAUCUUUUUGAGAGUACCAUCCGUAUAUUGGGAGGUCUCUUGAGCACAUACCACCUGACCGGAGACACUCUCUUCCUGGAUAAAGCUAAAGACAUUGGGUUCAGAUUAAUGCCUGCUUUCAAAACCCCAUCUAAAAUCCCCUACUCUGACGUGAACAUCGGUAAAGGAACCGCUCAUCCUCCACGAUGGACCACUGACAGCACAGUCGCAGAGGUGACCAGCAUUCAGCUGGAGUUCAGAGAGCUCAGCCGACUCACACAGGACCCACAGUACCAGAAUGCAGUGGAGGAGGUGACAAGACAGGUUCACCGAUUGGAGGGAAAGCGUGAUGGUCUGGUACCCAUGUUCAUCAACACAAACAGUGGGAAAUUCACACGUCGAGGGGCCUUUACACUGGGGGCCCGUGCGGACAGCUACUACGAGUACCUGCUCAAACAGUGGUUACAGGGUGGCAAGAAAGAGACUGAGCUGCUAGAGGACUAUCUUCAGGCUAUAGAAGGUGUCAGAAAGAAUCUCUUGAGACAGACUUCUCCUAGUAAACUGACCUUCGUUGGGGAGCUGUCCAAUGGCCAUCUCAAUCCCAAAAUGGAUCAUUUGGUGUGUUUUCUUCCUGGCACGCUGGCUCUCGGUGCUCACAACGGUCUGCCCGCUGAUCACAUGGACCUGGCUCUGCAGUUGAUGGAGACGUGUCAUCAGAUGUAUGCACAGAUGGAGACGGGCCUGAGCCCAGAGAUCGCUCACUUUAACCUGCAGUCCAACAACGGACGGGACAUCGAUGUGAAGCCUGCAGACAGACACAACUUACUGAGACCCGAGACCGUUGAGAGUCUGUUCUACAUGUACAGAUUCACCAAGGACAGCAAAUACAGGGACUGGGGCUGGGACAUACUGCAACGUUUCAACAAGUACACCAGAGUCCCCAGCGGGGGCUACACCUCCAUAGGUAACGUCCGUGACCCCGUGAACCCCGCGCCCAGAGAUAAGAUGGAGAGUUUCUUCCUGGGCGAGACGCUGAAGUAUCUUUUCCUCCUGUUCUCUGACGACAGCGAGCUGAUCAGUCUGGAUAAGUACGUGUUCAACACGGAGGCCCAUCCACUGCCAAUAUGGCCCUCCACCUCAUGAGGGUGAAGGCCAGAAUUAUGCCAAUCCUCACUUGAUGUUGGCUUUAACCGGAAAUGAUGCAGGCUUCCAUAGGAAGUGGCCCCUCAGAGUUUCUCUGUGGGAAUGUUUCUGGUCUGAACUGAGGUGCCGAGUUCCACACCAAUAUUUAACUGUGCACUUUAAAUGUUUAUUUAAAUGUGGUGAGACCCAGAAGAACAGAUUCUCUGGCAGUUUUACACAUUAUGGGUGCUGAAAUACCACAAAUAUUGUUUCCUUACUUUUGAGCUCAUGGAGUGCCUGCAAAGUGUGACACUCUUGCAUGUUGGACAAGGCCAUUCAGCUGCCGCAGUAUUUAGAUGUUCCAUCUGCCAUAUUUGGGACAGAAACAUUAGUGUCAGAGCACUGUAAAUCACACGGCAGGCACUUUGUAAAAUGAAGACUUUUUUUUUUUUUGUUAACCAUUAUUUCUGUGUGCACAGAUGGAUGCUCUCGAUUUGAGUGGCUCGCCUUUAUUUUUGAAGGCUGUUACAAAAGGACUCAUGUCUACAUGUGAGUUUCUAAAUGUUUCCCUUUUGUGAGAGUCAGGAUGCAUUAGGUAACAUAUUGAGUACUUUAUCUUGAGAUUUAUUUGGGAACCCUCCUGGAUUGUGUAUGUUUCGGUUAUUCAUGUUGAUUUUAGUGUGUGUACUUCAGAGAACGCUAAUAAUUUGAUGUAGUGGAUGCCACCCGGAGCCCUGCUAAGCUUUCCAUUGAUGUAUGGUUUAUUAGGAUCGGACAAUAUUUGGCUGAGAUAGAACUAUUUGAAAAUCUGGAAUCUGAUGGUGCAAAAAAAUCUAAAUACUGAGAAAAUAGCCUUUAAAGCUGUCCAAGUGAAUUCUUA